AUGGCGGCAGUUGGUAUCGAAACUGCGCCAGGUUUACAACAGCUUUUCAAAGACAUUUCUCCAAAAUUUAAACCUGUAGAAUCAGAAAGUAUUGUGAAAACUUUAAAAAAGAUUUAUGGAGGGAAAUUUGAUCUGCUGGAUAGUCACGAUUUGAUGAAAUGUUUUCAACUUCUUGAAAAGCACGGCUAUGUAUCUGACAACAAACUCAAUCUAAUCGAAGACUUCGUUGCUACAAAAUCUGACGAGGAGAAGCUCAUUAAGAAAGAUAUAGAUCGUUUCAAGGCCUCACGUUUGGGUAGAGGUGAUCCAGUGAAGGAGUUAGAAGGACGGAGCGAAGAAAUCAAGAUAAUUAAUAAAAAACUGGAAUCGAAAGACACCGGAGUACUAAACUUGUUUGGAUCGUCUGGUGUAGGAAAGACAAAGCUUGCCACUGAAGUUUGCUCACAGUGGCGUGGGAAUUAUCGUGUUUUUGAUUUACGAGAAGCAAAGGAUAUGACAGCGAUCUAUUACAACAUGUUGUAUUCUCUCGAACUAGUAAUCCCAGUUGGUCGUGUUGAUCAAAAUCAUGUUGUUACCAAAGUUAUUGAGAAGGUUGAAGAGUUUAAAGAUAAGGAACAUUCCGUUCUGUUUAUGCUGGACAAUGCAGACCUCUUUACCGCAGGAAAAGGUAACGAAGGGAAAAACUUGAAAGCGGAUUUCAUGGAAUUUUUGGCAAAGCUCUCAGGAAGCAAAGGAAAACGAUCUCCUUUAAAGCUGCUUCUCACCUCUAAGACUGAGUUAAGAGGUCCCAAGAGGAUGGAUGAUUUUGAAGUGGGUUCGCUAGAGAAGACUUCUUCAGAGAAACUGAUUUUUCCCAAGGGAAUGACAGAUGUUAAACCAGAGCAGAAGGAUAAUUUAAUGAGCAUCACAAAAGGAUUCCCUCUAUUUCUAAAAGGACUAGGAGCUAUUAUGCGACAAGAAAGGAAAUCUCCAGAAGAACUUAUUGCAGAAGUUGUGCAUGCUCCAAAAAAAAUGAAAGUGGAAGAUGAUGCAAGUGGAAAGCUUGCUGGUUUUGAUGAAGAAGGAGUGGAUGUCAAUCAGAUGUCUGCAGUCAGUUUAAUGUUUGAUACACUUUCCACAGAAAGGUUAAAGUUAUCUGCAGUAGUGGUUUCCUUGUUUCAUGGGCCUUUCUCUGUGGCAACAGCUGCGAAAGUUCUUGGUAUUGACCUGUCAGAGGCCAUUGUUCAGUUAGAGGGUCUUGUAGCCAGCGAAAUAAUUUCUGUUGUUGAUGAAGAAGCAAAAGAAAGGAAGUAUGUCAUUCACCCUCUCUUAUGGAAGUAUGCAGACCGUAUCAAGAAUCAUGAAGAUUUUCUUGCUCCUUACAUGGAGGCAAAAGCACGCUUUUACAAACUCUUUAUGUCCAGGAUGGAGAAAAUUGCCAAACUGAUUGAGCCAGAAUAUGUCAGAGCAUUCCACUUGUUUGAGAAAGACAGAGGAAACUAUGAGUUUACUAUUGAGAUUUCCUUUGAGAUACAACCAGAGUAUCUCAUUUUUCAAAGUGAAUUCCAUGACAAUGCAUUGCUUGCAUCUCUUUUCACUGCAAUGCUGACUGAUAAAAAAAUCAUCAUUCAGGUGUUUCAUUCCUGGGCUGAGAUGUGUGAAGAUGAUGGAAAAUCAGGUGAGGGGCAGUGAAACUUUUCAUGUGAUAUUGAUAUUGUCCAAAUCUCAUAUUUAGCUUUACCUAAUUGUCUGGGGAAACAUUUAAGAUGUUUCUUUUAAACAGCUUACAUGUAGUUUUAACUCAUUACAAAAGUUACCUUAUCUUAUUAUAUGGCUAGAUAGUCCUGAGGUAAACCUGAAUAUUCUGAUUGGAUCUUAAUUGGUUGGGAUUUUGCCAUUUAGACAACCAAUUUUCUUCAGAAAUAGUUAAGCGCCAUGUAUUUUUGUGUGCAAAGGCAUCAAAUUCAAAAUAAAAAAGUUUAGUCCAAGUUCUGUAUAAUAAAUUACUUACAGUACUGACCUUGCUUGCCUGCUUGAGCCAUACUGGUCAACAUUGGUCCCUGUCAUUUAAGUACAGAAGGAGCUAUGCUCAGUCCAUACCGUCAAUACUGGCUAAUAUACCUCAGUUUGGCCCUUAUGCUCAGUUAGUAUGAAGUUAUUAUCUCUUUUGUAAUUAGAGGCAGUAUUAUUCUCUCAUGGGAAUUCCUAUUAUAUAAACACCUUCCUAUAUAUUUUUACUUUUGUCUGAACCCCAUUAUCAGCACUCCUGUCCAUCAUUGAAUCCCAUGUUCUUAAGUUUAGACAUAAGAUUCAGGUUAUCAUGUAACCUUGUGGCUUUCUGCCAUCUAUGAUGGUUAAUGUAAUGACACAUGGCCAUUUAAACUGUUAUGGCAGUUUGGCAAUUGGAACAGUGGAGGAGGUCUAUAUACAAGUAAUUCAAAUUGGACAGAACCACUUUCAGAUUACACAAUGUGCACAAUCAUCCCACCAAAAUGUCAAACUUGACUUAUCUGGAACAGCCAACUAGAUUUUGGUGCAAAAGCUAUGAGUCGCUGAAAUUUGAGUGACUACCUUAUUUUUUACCUUGCAAAUCAAACUCAAGAAAAAUCUUUAGUGAGCAGGCUAUCCAGGUUCUGAUGAGCUUUAGGCUGAUAUAUUGAAUUAAGGUCACACUGUCAUGGCACCUGCAGUUAUUUAUGUCUCAGUUUUUUGCUACUUAUUCUUUGCUGCUGAUACAGUCAAUUGGAAUUUUUGUGUUGUGUAGCACAGGGGUAAUUUUGCCAAUAAUUUUUAAGCCAGCCUGCACUGUGCAAUCAGCCAAGCCGAAAUUAUUCACCCAUUUACUCCCUGAAGUCCUUUACCAUCACUUAUUUGAUUCCACAAGUUAACUGGGAAGAAGCUACUUUGGAGGGACUCUGGGAAGAAAACAGAUAGAAAAAAAAUAGUAAAAAAAGAAACAAACAAACAAACAAAAACAAAGAAGUGAAAUUUUAAAUCACUACCUGGUGACAGUUGUUGAAAACACAGAAUGAUAUUUCUUGUGAUAAUUUACACUUUGUUAUUUGUAGAUACUAAGCACACUUCAUCAGCAGUGAUAUCUGUUUAUUAGUUUGAUUUUUCAUCUUUGUAUAGGUUCCCUUCUCCGAGCGCAGUUGAAGUCCUGGGAAGCCAGGGAAGUUUCAGAUGUUGAUGGAACAGAGAGAGGAUUUGAAACAUUGAGAGAAGCUUUGAAUUCACUUGAGAAAGUUGAAGAUCAAAGUAGUGAAUCCUUUAUGCUCACCAAGGGGCUUUACUUGCGCACUGAAGGUGAAAUCCUUUGGAGAAACAGAGACUAUAAGAAAGCACUGGCAAGUCUGGAGUUGUCCUUAACUUUCUCUGAACCACUGCUAAAGGAGCAUACUGAUCUUGCAAGGUGCUACAAUGCUAUUGGAAACAGCUUUUUUCAUCUAGACCAGCCCAGGAAAGCGCUUGAGUUCUAUGAAAAAGCCUACAAAAUGCAAGAGAAAUUAGGAUCAGAGAAUCACUUUGACAUGCCAAUGUACAAGAAUCAGAUUGGAACUGCGUACGAAGGCCUUAAAGAUUAUGAAAAGGCGGUUCAAUGGUACAGAGAUGCACUAAGUCUUUUGGAGGAUCUUAAACUUUUAGGUGAUUUGGACGAGGCACUCUUCUUAAGAAAUCUUGCCAAUGCACUCAUGUUUCAAGACAAAUAUAAAGAGGCAAUUGAACCUUCAGAGAGGGCUUACAACAUAAGGAUGAAGCUUCUCGGAAAUCACCCACAGACUGUGCGCAGCAUUUUUCAACGAGGGGUCCUUCAGGCCAAUCUUAAACACCCAGAAGAAGCUUUGAAGCUGUUUCUUGAAGCAUGGGAGAUGGAAAAGUCACUCGGUGUAGGAAACCAUAGUGAAGUGUGGCGAAAGAUUAUCACAGGUGUGGAAGAUAUGUGUGAUUGGACACUCAAUUUUCUACGGAUGAGGUCAUUUAGGAAAGAGGCUUUCAAGUUUUGUCAACGUUUCUGGGAAGAACAGAAAGCUUCUCAACAAUUCUCUUUCAAUAUGUUUAACAAAGGCAUCGUUGAUGCUCUGAAUGAUCUUGCUGAUGACAAGAAAGACAAAGCUGUAGUACAAAAGGAACAGUUUUGGUUCUACGAGGUGAGGUGUUAUGCCAAUGAGAGAGAGUUUCAAGAGGACUUUGAUUUGGAAACUGAUAAUAAUGCUCUCUGUGUCAUGCUGAGUGAGAGGGAAAAUCUCUUGGAUGACACAGUGGUGCUCUCUUCUCAGCUUGAUGAAAACGAGAAGGCGUGGAAACACAAAAUGGACAAGGUGGCUUUGUACAAAAUGUGUCUGGUGAGAGUGGGUUUCCUUGGAAACAAAGAGGACAGGUUGGACAAAGCGUCAUUGAAGAUGAAGGUAGAAGAACUUUACAAAGAGACAGGACAAAAGGGAAUGAUCGUGAAAUUUCGAGAGACAUUGUUGGAUUCGUGGCAAAAGCAGUGGGAAGAAGGAAAAGGUAUCGAAAAAACGGAGAAGAUCGGCUUGGAAAGGGAGAGAACAAUCGAGGGAAUUCUCAAUCUGUGCCUGGAACUCAAAAAAGUAAAUAUGUACAGACGGUAUGGACAAGAAGCAUUGAGCUUUUAUGAGGAGAUAUGGGAGAUUAAACAUGAUGAGAUGAAGGACGGUGAAAUGAAGAAGUUUCUUCGUAAACUCAAAGAGUUGGCAUCGUCCAUUGAAGAUUACAUCAGCGAGAAGUUUUACAAAAAUGUAUUACAGGUAAGAUCACGCUUAUUUAUCAACAAAAGUAAACAUCGACCUUGUCUGUUGUGCGAGCAGCUUUUUGUAUCAGCUGUUUUCUCUUCACUUUGCACACGACUUAACCCUUUUACCCUCCAAGAUCUCAUUAGUGAUUCUCCUUACUGUCUACCAAACAAUUCUUACGAUGUUAUUUCGGAUAAUUUGGUUUUGGAUCAACUUGUAAUAUCCUUAUGGAUAUUUUUCUUUAUUCUCACAACUUUUCUGCUUGUUAUUGCAUUGGUAUUGUAAGGAGAACUUCUGUCUUGGUCACUCUUGGAAGGAAAAGGGCUAAUCUUCUCAUUUCAUGUAUGUGUUUGUUCUGUUGCGCUCUGUUUUCUGUUCUGAUUUGAUGUAGUUACCACUGGCGACAAAUCCUCAUUGUUGGACACUGAUAUUACAAACAUAUGAGCUUGUACAUUUAUCGGGAUAUAUUAGUAAACUUGAACUUUUUUGAUUCAUGAUUUAUCGCGGCAAACAGGUCCACGAAUUCUCCUUAAAAUUUCAGAUACAUGUAGUUUCUAAGCUUCUGUCUUCAACUGUUGUGUUUUGUUUCCAGGCGCUGAAUGAAACUGGGAGACAUCCAGGAGCCAAAUUAAGGCCAAGAGGUACUAAAAUUAUGUAGAAUUUUGAAUUUUCGUGAACUCGAACAUCUGAAAGAGAAAUAUUAUGAUGGUUCAUGCUGUCAAAGAUCUAGACUUCCUUCUUGCCUGGUUUUCAGUUUCCAUAGUUUUACUGAUAGCAAAUUGCCUUCUCCUGACCUUCUAUCUUCUCCUAUAGUUGCACAGACUUCUCCUACACCGAAGGAAGAGGAAAAGGUUAGUGAAGAAGAUGAAUUGGAGAUCGAAAUUGGUUCAGAAGAAGAGAGUGAGGUUGGAGCUGAGGAGCAAGUAGACACAGACGAAGAUGUUCAAACCGAAGACAGAACCAAGUAAAUAACAAAAUUACGUUUACCAAUAUCUCAUCCUCGAAUAGUUAUAUAGAUGAUUGGGGAGACGUGCUCUCUGAUUGGUUGGGAAUUCUCCGUAUUUUGCUAUACUCAACCUGCGAGAAUUGAUUAUAAUAGCGAAGAACUGAAUUGAAAAUAGCCACUGUGUAUUUUUUUACUAUGUUUCUGGGGAAGAAAACAAAAGAAAAAUUCAGUUCCUCUGAUACUUACUCUAGAGAGAAGAACAAGAAGAAACAUAUACCUUAGGCUUAGGGAGUGGUCUAAGUAGUUGGGCAGUCGUCCAAAACUUUACAACAAGACAGGCUCGUUUAUGUUUUUAUUUUAUCUGUUCCUAACCUCAAACUGUUAAGCAUCUUAUUUACUUUUCUCACUGUCUGUCACGGAAUAAAAAGCGAGGAGCGUAGCCAAUAAGGUUGCAUCAUUUUCAUAGAAUUAAUGUAGAUUUUUGCGAAUAUCAAAGAAUUCUGCAUUAUUUUCUCCGUCACCGUCACGAAGAAUUGUUCUACGAUUGAUUGUCAGUUCCGUUUUGAUCAGAGGUAAUUCUUAACAAUAAUGAUGAAAGUGUCAAUGACAGCGACACAUACAAUAGCAGUGGUGAUGACAUUGGCAUCGGUACCGCCACGCUUUCCCUACGGUAGUAAGUUAGUGACGAACAGAUUACUUUCUAAGCUAUCGGUGAUUUGGGAAACUAACUACCUGUGAAGCGCUUCUUUUAAAUGCAAAAGAAGAUGUUUUUUCGAUGAUUUUUAAAAUGAUGCCUUAUCGUUUUCUCUCAGAUUUUUGCCUUUGAGGGUGGCUGCUAAUCUUGCUGGUGUUGAUGCUGGUGAUGUCUCUGAUCUGGCCAGGAGAUCGAUGAAACAACGAGCUGGGUUUUUAGCUUGCAUGUGUCGGGAUGUUCUACCCGAAAGAUACUUGCUGAAGCUAUUUUGUUUGGUGAUUGUUGUUAUUUUUUUUUUAAAGGAUUCAUAUCUAUCCUCUCAGUUCUUUCCACGUACAACCUUACCCAGGAAACCAGAGAUGAUUGUGAGUUUGUGUUUCAGUGAUUUUGCAUGAUCCCUAUAUUUUGAGCUUAGCUUCAUGAAAACUGCUCUGUGAUUGACAUUUGGAGUGAUUGACCACAAAGAAGACAUGUAGAUAUACUGUGCAAACGGAAAUUGCCAAGUAGCAGUCUAGUUAAUUGAAUCUUUGAGUAUGUGCCGAAUGUGGUCCAUGGUUGUCAUAUGAGAACUGUUAACACCACAACUUCUGAGAUUGUCUUGCAAAGCUACGGCAAAGAAAGCGUUACAAAGCAUCUUUCUUGUGUACAUUUAUCAACCUCCUUCUUCGUUCGGUAAUUCGAAUGAUUUGGUUUCUCAUUUGGAAGUCCGUUUUGAUACUUUUUUCAUUUAAAGAAAUGGUUCUUUUGUUGCAGGCGUCUUCAAAUAUAACUGACACGUCACAAAGCGAACGAGGAACUCGAGUUAAUUCAAGAGGGUCCGGCUCAAAAUUGAAAGUCUCUCUUUUGGCAAGUGAGUGGAGCUCAUCAAUGGGAGGAUUGUCCACCAUUAACAGACACCUCGCCAUUCAAUUGGGCAGGCACGCCCAAGUGGAAGUCACUCUCAUUGUCCCAUCCUCCAGUUGCUCUGAAGAGGAGAAAAGUUUCGCACGAAGCUGCAAUGUUACCAUCAGGGAAGUACCGUAUCGUAUAGGUUACGACCCUCUUGACUGGCUGAUAACUCCGCCGGAAGACCUGGAAAUUGAUGUAGUAGUGGGUCAUGGUCAAAAGCUUGGUAAACAAGCCCAGUUUAUCACAGAAUCACACUGUUGCAAGUGGAUUCAGGUAGUUCAUACUUCACCUGAGGAUCUAGGAAUGCACAAGAACUAUUCCAAGGCCAUUCCAAAGGGUGAGGAGAGGAAAAAAAUCGAAGUAGAGUUAUGUAAACAAGCAGAUGCUGUUGUCGCAAUUGGACCUACUUUAAAGGAGACCUUCUCAGCUUAUCUUCGCUCCUGUGGCAAACAGGAAGACAUAAUUGAAUUGACUCCAGGCAUCUUCAGUGAAUUUUCGACCAUAAAACAUGCUGCAGUGGACAAUAAAAACUUUAGGGUGUUAAUCUUUGGUCGGAGUGAUCGAGAGGACCUUGAAGUUAAGGGAUACGAUAUAGCUUCCAAGGCAAUAGCCGAACUGAGCGACCCUACUUACCGCCUGAUCUUUGUGGGUGCACCUGACGGAAAAGAAGAGGAGAUUAAAGAUUAUUUGCUUCAGAAUGGAAUUCCUGAUGAUCAGCUAACUGUAAGAAAGUUUGUGCAAAGCAAAGAGGAAUUGGAAGAAUUGUUUUGUGAGGUGGAUCUGUGCAUCAUGCCAUCAAGAGUGGAAGGGUUUGGCUUAACGGCCCUGGAGGCUAUGUCAGCUGGUCUUCCCAUUCUUGUCAGUGGCUAUUCUGGAUUUGGAGAAGCACUGUGCGCUAUGCCAUCAGGCAAAAAAGUUGUUGUUAAAUCUAAGGAUCCAAAAGUAUGGGCAGAGGCAAUCGCCGGUGUUCGCCAGAAGGAAAGAUCACAGCGACUUCAAGAGAUUAAACAGAUACGGCGUUCCUAUGAAGAGAAGUAUGACUGGGAAAAACAGUGUGAAAUUCUCGUGAAGAAGAUGUGGGAUAUAAGUUCUGGUAAGAAUAUUCUAAACGUUGUGAAAAUACUAAUUUCGGACUAUGAAAGAGUGUUUUUGUACCGCUGGAGGCCACAUCAAACGUGUUCCACCACUACAAGUACAUUAACAUCACAUGAUACGGAGAAUACGAAAGAUGCGGAUGUUUGAGCUUUUUGUUGGAGUAAGGAAAAAUUGGUAACUGUCUCAUCACGUUCAUGGGGCAAAGAACAGUUCUGAGUCCUCAACGAGGAAUAAAACCUCAGACUUUGGAAUCCUUGCUCCGAUUCUGUACUGACAGCUGAGCUCCGAGGAGCUUUACUGUGAGUUAGGCUUUUAUCAAAUUGAUAUGUGACAACUCUCUCUAUUCCACCACCAAACACAUAAUUUGUCAUCUUUCUGAUCCUGGUUAUCGAUUGAUAUCAAUUUAGUUGAGGAAUACGCUUAUUAUCUCUUCAAGCAUUGCUGAUCUUAGCAGUACGCAGGUUGCCUGUCACGUAAAAACAUUUAAGUAACGGCUUAACUCACAAGAUUCGUUCCUUAAAAUGUAGCUCAGUAGUAGUACAACAUCGCAGCACGGAAUCUAAAGGUCUGGGGUUUCAAUUCCUCGUGGGAGAACCAGAUUUCUCUCCUUUGUUCCACGCUUGUGUGAAGACGAAUACAGUCGAACCUGUAUUAAGCGGUCGGUUGUCAAAGUCCCGAAAUUUGUACUCCACCUCUGUAAAACGUUCACCUGUAUUAAGCGGUUGUGGUCACCCUUUAUUGAGUCCCAACGGCCUGUUUGUAUUGUACCUAACCUGGACUGAACGGUCACUUAAAGUGAGACCACUCAGAUAAAAUUAGGAAUAAUCUAUCACGUAUAAGUUUAUCUUUAUUUAUCUUCCGAAAUCAAUGUUGGUAGAAUUUUUGAGCGAGUCUUUGAACUUUGAGUGCUCAAUGCUGGCAUAAAUUUGAGUUAAGAUCUGAAAGCUUCUGUCUUCAAUGAUGAUUGAUGAUUGAAUGCUCCAAAGACAAAUGGGGAAAAGUAUCCUCAACCGGCUUUUGAACAGAGAAGUGUAGAAACCUAGAUUAAAAUUUAGCCCUUGGUUAGCGCUAAUCGGCCUUCGAACAACUGGGCCCUGAAGUGUUAGCCAGCUUCCUGUCCGUUCAUAAGAAUUUUUCUCACAGUCUUCAAAAGAAGACCGCCUCAAAUGCUGGUCCAUUCACUAACAGGAAUUUUGUCUUGUCCUAGUUGCAGGAAAUUGAGUCACUUGCAAAUAGAAGAAACUGAGGAAAAAAGGUCAAAACACGCACAAAAAUAACUUUGGAAUUACGCGUGGACGUUAUCCUAGCAGAGUACAAUAGCUAAGGAAAUUACCAGAUAUAUUGCCGUUUACCCUCGUUCCCGCAGUACCUUCAUAGGUGAGUUUUAACGUAAGGCUCUCGCUUGCUCUCUUCCUUUGAUUGUAUAGUUGUCCAUUACAUCAAUAUCAUGUCUUAAAUCUAGUACUUAUUAACCACGUCUGCGUCAUACAUAAGUAUUUCCGAUUUCACGGCUUUUAUCUCUCAAAAAAUAGAAAUAAAAAAAGGCAAAGAUUAGCUGUAAACGUGCCUAUUCGGAUUUGUUCCGGUCAUCUCAUCAACUUGACCUGGGAGAUAAAGCAGGUGCUUUUUCGGUGAUAUUCACUGCAUAAUUGGUAGAGGUAGGAUAUAAUGCUUAAUGUGUCAAUCUAAGUUGUGUGCACUUACCUUUUUGUCCUCUUAUUUUCGCUAUAGAUCCUUACCAUGACAGUAGAGCCGACCUUUAACGUGACAAUAAACAACUCAGAUCAAAGUGUUAUCAAAGAAACCUCUGUGGCUCAAAAUUCGUCAAGGCUUUUUGGAUGACAGUGCUCGACCCUAUGAAUGGAAAUAUUUCUGGAACAGCGAUGAAACAGCUUAGAAAUUCCCUUAAACUUGCAAACUCUUCAACCCUAGUUUAUUUCAUCUGCAUAGAUUUCUCGGAGAUAUUUUCCAUCGUAUUCCGGCUAUUUUUUUUUGGCCUCGAUCAAGCUGAAAUUUAGUUUAAAUGUCACUUCUGAAAAUAAGAAAAAUCAAGAACAUA